AUGACCCGGCCGCUGCUCGCUUUACUGGACGAAACAGAGCGGCAUCCGAAGCUUGAGGGCCCUAUUUACUUGGGAAUAAUCUUUAAAAAGGAUCCCGUGGCCAACUACCAAGAGCACGCGAUGUUGAUCCCGCUGCCGCACCGUACAAGGCGCUCAGACGAAGAAAUGAUCUGCGUGGUAGUCAAGGACCCCCAGCAUGCCUGGCAGACCAAAUUCGGGGAAAACAAGCUCACAGCAACUCUUUUCGACGAGGUCACCGGUGUUGGCAAGCUGCGACGGCGACUAAAGUCCAAAAAGGCGAUCGAGUCUUUCGGGGAGACGUUUACAAAAAUUUUCGUCCAGGAUAAAGUGGCUAAACCGUUGAGUGAAGUAUUGGGAACGAGCUAUUUCAAACGAGCAAAACACCUGCCAAUCCCCAUACAGCUGGACGAGGCGUUGGAUCCGCGGAAAGUUCAGUACCAGGUGCGUCAGGGCACCAAAUGUGCACAGCUUGUGCUAAAGCCGUCAACGUUUGCCUCUGUAAGAGUGGGCCACACAAAGAUGGACGCAGAAAAGACCCAGCAAAACAUUGAUGCGGCCAGAAAGUUUGUUCUAAAGCGGUACCCUGACGCUAAACUGCAUAUCAAAACGCCCGAAAGCAUGUCGCUGCCAUUGUGA